UGAGGAAGGAGUUUGCCUCACCGAGAGAAGGGGCAAAGAAGACCGGGAUGAAUGCGGAAGUUGCGGAGGGCAACACCAGCGUCAACGAUGCAAGUUCAAGGACGCUACAUGUCGGCGGUGCGAGAAGAAGGGGCACCUGGCUCAAGUCUGUCGAGCACCCCAACCUUCCCGCCGAAAAUUCAAACCGACCAAUCAGAGCGCAGGAUCGGCAAGGCGACCCGCGAUUGGUCAAAACAAAAAGGGCGCGAAUUCAAAUCGAACGACCGUGAUCAUAGGCCGUGCAGAAACCCGCGUCGAGAAGAAAAUCUUCACUAAGCCCAAAAUUGAAGGAGUGCCGUGCCGACUAGAAGUGGACACCGGGUCAGCGAUCACAAUCAUGUCCUGGGACACUUUUGCGAAAGCUUUGCCGAGAAUCGCCAAACGCAAACUGCAAACACAACGGUUACGAGUGCACGACUACCAAGGGAAUCGCAUCCCUGUUCGAGGGACCACCUCCGUCCGCGUCGAGUACGGACCACACAAGAAGACCCUGCCCAUCACGAUAGUCGAAGGGACCCUGCCAAGUCUGUUGGGACUAGACUGGUUCCGCGCAUUGGGCAUGGGAGUGACUGGCAUCUACAGAAGUGACUUUAACCUAAAAGACACACUCAUGAACGAGUUCGAAGAUGUCUUCAAGGACUGCCUGGGCAAGUACAAGGGGACCCCUAUUUCCUUCAAUUUAGACCCCCAGGUAGCCCCCAUUAGGUUAAAGGCAAGGAGAGUCCCUUUUGCCCUUAAACCCAAGAUUGACAAGGAGCUAGACAAGCUCAUCAGUCAGGGGAUUCUGGUGCCAGUCGAUCACGCAAAGUGGGAGACGCCAAUCGUCACCCCAGUGAAACCAGAUGGGUCAGUUAGAAUCUGCGCUGACUACAAGGCGACGUUAAACAAAGCCUUACAGAAAAGCGCUUACCCGGUUCCCGUGGUGCAACACUUGCUGCACUCGCUGGGGCAAGGGAACGUUUUUGCCAAGUUAGAUUUGGCUCAAGCCUAUCAACAACUGCCCGUAGACGCCAACACAGCCGAAGCCCAAACGAUUGUGACCCACCGAGGUGCUUUCAAGUGUACCCGGUUACAGUUUGGGGUGAGUGUGGCACCUGGGCUAUUCCAAAAUUUAAUGGAGCGACUUCUGCAAGGGCUCCCGGGGGUAGUCCCCUAUUUCGAUGAUGUAUUGAUAUCAGCC